UGUCGAUUUUGGUAUCCUUAGAGUUCUUUUCUUGAACCACACCCACAUCCAUGUAAUACUUCCACUGUGAUCCACAUAUAUCACAAAAAGAACAAAAGACGAAGAACGAAAGAGUAAAGAAAUACCACGAUUAUUUAUAAAAGAAAAUGUGUUUUGUAUUCUUUUACACAGCGCUCGCGGAUUGGCUGAUGCUAUUGGUGUGGCAAUGACACUUGAUAAGAAAAAGAAUAAAAUGACUGUUUGCUGUGCACUUUUUUCUUCAUUUGUUUUCAUAGUGUUAUAAUGUGCCUCAUUCUUGCUUUUUUAUUCGGCCUUUAUAUCUUCUAUCGUUUAUAUCAGCAUUUCUUUCCGACACCAAACAUUAAUCCUAAUGGUAAAUAUGUUCUUAUUAGUGGUUGUGAUACUGGAUUUGGUCAUGGAUUAGCUAUUGAACUUGAUAAACAAGGUUUUUAUGUUCUUGCUGGUGUUUAUAUUCCUGAUAAUGUAAUCACUCUCAAAGAUAAACUUUCAUCAAGAGCUACAGUCUUUUCUCUUGAUAUUACUAAACAAGAAGAUAUUGACGCAGCAUUUGAAUUAGUCAAAAACAAAACAAAAGUUCUUCAUGGACUUGUUAAUAAUGCUGGUAUUGCUAUUGUUGGUUAUAUUGAUUGGACAUCGAUGGAAGCUAUGCGUAAAGUAAUGGAUGUGAAUUACUUUGGACAUGUUGCGAUGACAAAGAAAUUUUUACCUUUAUUGAUCGCGAAACGUGAUUCACGUGUUGUUAAUAUUUGUUCUGCGGCUGGUUAUAUCACGUCACCAAGUUUAUCUGCUUAUUGUGCAUCAAAAUAUGCUCUUGAAUCGUUUUCUGAUUGUCUUCGACGUGAAAUGUUUCCAUGGCGUUUACGUGUUAGUGUUAUUGAACCAGGAUUUAUGCGAACACCCAUUAUUGAAGGACAUUAUGAAUCAUUUCCAAAUUUUUGGAAUCGACUUUCAAGUGAUGUACAAGAGCGAUGGGGAGAAAAUUUUCUUAAAACAAAAUUUGAUAUUGAAAAAACCAAUCCCUUCGUGAAUUAUGCCGAGGAUCCUAUGAAAGUCGUUCGAGCUCUUCAACAUGCUGUUAUGAAUACAGUUCCUUGUAUUCGCUAUCGACCUGGUUUACAAUCAAGCAUUAUCUUUUUUCCAUUAUCUAGAUUACCUGAUUGGAUUCUUGACCGGAUCUUAAUGAUUGUAGAAAAUCUGCAUGCUAUUCCUGCAAACGUUAGCAAGCAACUUACAGACUAA